AUGUCCAACCUGGAUCACGGACAGCGAAAGUCCGUAGACAGUUGGUCGCGAGAUUCAUUAGAAGAACCUCGGCCACGCAACGGUCCAUUCGGCCUGUCGCAACAAUACUCCGCUGUGAGCCUUGGUGAUCACAGCAGCCGACAGAAUCAAUUUUCAGGCGACACGAAUCGAAGCAGCGAAUCUCUCUUUGCAAGGGGGGAAAACUCAUCAUUGGCUGUGAACAAAUUAUCGUAUUGGAAAACGCUGCAUACCACUGAGACGCCAAAGCAGGUAUGCAACACAAGCAUCCUGUCUACUCUGGGUCAUCUGGGCUUGUACCACCUACCACCUGUCGCAGUCACUCUGGCACUUCUUGGACUUUAUGUUCACCAGGUAAGAUGGGGCGAUCUCACUGACGAACAACUAAACCUUCUCCAACUUGCUGCCAAGGCUCACGAGAUUCUCAUCUUGAUCUCACUGGGCGAGAUCCUACUACAACGCAUAUGCUACAGCCUGUUGGUAGAAGAUGGAGGCGUCCCUCUGGGUCUUCUUUCGUCGCCUUACUAUCUAGGUGCACCGAUUCAGUAUCUGUUUAGCUGGCAGCUUUGGUCUGGGCUAUUCCAACCAGGUGUCAAGUCCAAAACGUCUCGCGCUUGGACAACUGGCACAGUCAUCAUCGUCACAAUCUUGCUCUCUGUUGCAGCUGCGCCCCUCUCGGCCAUCGUCAUGAUCCCGCGUCAAGGCUGGUGGCAAGUUUAUGAAGAUGUUCCAGAAGGAAAGAAUCACACAGUCUACAUGGAACAAGGCCUUUAUCAGACCGACCUUGGUGCCGACCAAACGGAGUUGUACAUAAUAUACAACAACUCCACGCAGUUUGGGGAUAAUCCACUGAACCUUUUAUAUCCAGCAUUUAACGACCUCCCUCUCCCAGAUCAGACAAGUACUGUACGAAAGGUCUCCAACAUCACAUAUUCCAACUACCUCGAAAUAGGCUCAAAUCGACGCAUCUCGUUGACAAUGGACCUUCCUGAUAUCGAGGGCACCGUAGCGCUUGCUACGUCUCCUAUGGACGCUGUUGCCGAGGAGCUAUCUGGCGGGUGGUCGCUAGGGCCCACGGAUCUUCGUGUUGAAUCACACUGGAAAACGCCAGAUUCUCCAACACUGCGGAGGUGGAAACAGCCUCUAGUCGCCGUUGAAUGUGCCUGGAACAGCACAGACAGUGAAGAAGCUACGUUCAUUUUUGAAUCCAAUAUCGGAGAAAGCGAAGAGCAUUUCUCUUUUGACGAUAGCCUGGGCUUUAAAGAGCUCGUCUCCGCAUCUCGAAACACGUCGAGGAAUGAACGCCCAAGAAUGAAAUAUCAGCUUUCCAAUUUGGAACAUAAGACAGACUCGCCCGUCAGUGGUGAUAUCUUAUUCUUGAAUACGGGGCCGUUCUAUUAUGGGGAUGAUACCUUGAUUGAACCAUAUAAUGAGAAGAUUGUCGGACUCCACUUAUGUCGCAUAUAUGCUCGCUGGGAGGAAGUCGAUGUCUGGGUUGAAAGAGCAAAAUCGGAAAUUGUUCAAAGCCAAUUCGACAGUUCGAUCUUUGAUAUUUAUGAUCAUUUCUCAAACUCCUCAAGACCUCCCGAGUCAAUAACGAUGAGGAAAGAAUGGCUGGAAGUUAUAGGCUAG